AUGGAAUAUAGAGAAAAAUUUGAGAUGUUGGUUGCACCCAUUAGAAGGGAAGAAAGGGUGAUGUUGGAUAGCAUUUUUCUGAAUGGAUUGAAGGAAGAGAUACAAGCUGAAUUGAAACUAUUUGAGUGUCAGGACUUAACUGAACUCAUGGAUCGUGCUUUAUUAUUGGAGGAAAAGAAUGAAGCAUUGUUGAAGAGAGGUAUUGGAGGUAGAGAAAAGGCUGAAGGGAAGGAUAGAAGCAGCACCACCAGGUUUAGAGAUCCUGGGGAUUUUGGUGGAACUAAGAAGGAGGUGGAGAGGAGUGGAACUAGUAGUGGUUAUAAAUGGAAAGGAAAGAGCUUGAGUUCGGCUGAGCUUGAAGACAGACACAAGAGAGGUGAUGAAGAAGUACCUGCGGUAGAGGAGGAAGAGAAGCAUAAUGAAGUAGAGGUGGAAUUAAAGACUCUGAAGCUAUCACUACAUAGCAAGGAAGGACUUACUUCAAACAAGUCUUUCAAAGUCUGGGUGAUGAUUGGUAACAGAAGGGUCCUCACAUUGAUUGAUUCUGGUGCUACUAGCAACUUCAUAGCAACCAGAUUGGUGGAGGAGUUAGGAAUGAAUCUGAAGAACACACCUACUUAUGUUGUUGAAGUAGGCAAUGGUGAGAAGGUGAAGAAUCAAGGUGUGUGUGAAGAACUGCAAUUCCAGAUUCAAGGGGUAAAUUUCAAACAACAUUUUUUCCUAAUGGAGCUAAGUGGUUCAGAAAUGGUACUGGGAAUGGAUUGGUUGGCUAGUUUGGGAAACAUAGAAGCUAAUUUUGGAGACUUGUGCUUGAAAUGUGAAGUAGAUGGGCAGAAGUACACCAUUCAAGGGGAUCCAGCUAUGUGUAACAGCCAAGCUACUUGGAAGGCAAUGAUUAAGGCUCUGUCAAAUGAGGGUAUAGGAUUCUAUAUCCAUACUUUAAUGGAGGUCAAAACAGUACCCUCAGCAAACGAAGAUGUGUAUGAAUGGGAGAAGAUAAUUGAGGAAUUUGUUGAAGUGUUUAAUAUGCCCUCUGGGUUACCACCAAUAAGGGAGCAUGACCAUGCUAUUCUGCUCAAACCAGAUGCUAAUAUUCCUAAUUUGAGGCCAUAUAGGUACCCAUACUACCAUAAGAAUGAGAUAGAAAAGAUUGUGAAGGAGAUGAUGCAAGCUGGGAUCAUAAGGCAUAGUACAAGUCCAUUUUCAAGCCCAAUUUUACUGGUGAAAAAGAAAGAUAGAGGGUGGAGAUUUUGUACUGAUUACAGAGCCCUAAACAAGGUAACUGUCCCAAAUAAAUUUCCAAUUCCAGUUAUAGAUGAACUCUUGGAUGAAUUAGGUCGUGCAGUUAUAUUUUCCAAGUUAGACCUCAAGUAUGGGUACCAUCAAAUUAGGAUGAGGGAGGAUGACAUUGCCAAAACAGCUUUUAGGACUCAUGAAGGUCAUUAUGAGUAUUUGGUUAUGCCUUUUGGCCUUACCAAUGCUCCUUCAACCUUCCAAGCUUUGAUGAAUGAAGUGUUGAGGCCUUAUUUGAGAAAAUUUGUUUUGGUGUUUUUUGAUGAUAUUUUGAUCUAUAGUACCAAACAGAAUGAGCAUGUGAAGCAUUUAAAAGAAAUUCUGCAAGUUCUAAAAUCCCACAAGUUAUUUGCUAAUAAGAAGAAAUGUUCAUUUGGCCAAGACGAGAUCGAGUACUUAGGUCACUUAAUCUCAGGCAGAGGGGUGUCUGCUGACCCUAAAAAAAUUGAAGAUAUGUUGAAAUGGCCUAUUCCCAAGGAACUUAAGAGUUUGAGGGGAUUCUUAGGUUUGACCCAGUUACAGCAAGAUAGCCUGGCCCUUGACCCAGUUAUUGAAGAAAGAUAA